AUGCGUGUGGCGGCGAGGUGCGAGCGCCCCGCAGGGUCGCUGGGGCGCGGUGUGCCACAGGGUGCCAGUGUAGACGAGUGUCGGGCGCGCGAUCGGCGGUGUGGCACUGUUGCUGUCAUGACGGAACACGAGCAGUGCCGAUUGGACGUGGGCGUGAGGCACGCCAGACAGAGGACAGGAGGGCCCCGUGGCGAGGGCGCGCAGUUAUUGUGUAGUGCAGGAAAGUGUCAACCUGGAGGGCCGUUAAUCAAAAGCUCACUCACUCACCGCGCUCAAGGAGGACACGGCGCGGAUGCUCACACUCAAGCCGUGAUACUCGACCCCCCUCAAAGAGGAAGGGCGAAGGGCGGCGCCCUCCGCCUCCCCCUCUCCGCGUCCACCCGCUGGAACUGCCGUCGGACUACCUCAUGGGUGUGCCAAAGGGCGUGGCGAGGGUGGUGGUGGAGCGCCGCCAUGCUACUGCUGGCGCUGCUGGGAGCGACGGCGCCCCUGGCAGCGGCCAACACGCCCCCCAGGUUCGUGCUGGACGGCCAGAGCGAGAUCGUCGUGAGACUGACGGAGGGAGAGGCGACGCCUGUCGGUUCGAAGAUCACCACCCUCAGAGGCUACGACCCCGACGGCGACGCCCUGACCUUCGGCGUGCGGGGCGUCGAGGGGCGCGAGCUGCUCCGGAUCGAGCCCAACGGCGCCACGGAGGCCAAUGUGUACCUUAGGAAACCGCUGGACAGGGAGAUCAAGGACGAGUACACCGUCGUCCUCACGCUGACGGACGACAAGCUCGGCGACGGCCAGUUCAUCACGCAGUCCAUGCUCGUGCUCGUCGAGGACAUCAACGACAACGAGCCCGUGUUCCGGCCGUACGAGUCGUCGCUGGCGGUGGACGAGAACGCGCCGCCGAAGGUGCUGGCGACGCUGCUGGCGACGGACCAGGACGAGGGGCCCUUCGGACAGGUGAUCUACCGGCUGGACGCGGACUCCGAGAGCGACGCGGAGAAGUUCACCGUCAACACGGUGGACGGCAAGGGCGUGCUCAGGCUCGUCGGGGACCUCGACUACGAGAGGAAGUCGCUCUAUCAGCUGAGGGUGCUGGCGGUGGACCGGGCCAUCAGCGGUCGCGUGAACACGGGCACGGCGGCCAUCGUGGUGCGCGUGCAGGACGUCGAGGACCAGCCGCCGCAGUUCAUCCAAGCGCCGCCCGUCACCCGCAUCCCCGAGGACAUCCCAGUCAAUUCCGGGGUCCUCGAAGUGCGCGCUGUGGACGGCGACCGCGGCGUCAACAACCGCAUCACCUACUCCAUCCUGGACGGCGACAAGGGCCUCUUCGAGCUGGACCGGGACUCGGGCGUGCUCUACGUCAAGAGGCCGCUGGACCGGGAGAGCCCCCUUUCCAACAACGGCGCCUUCAUCAUCAAGAUCCAGGCGCAGGAGGACAGCGCCGUGGUGGACCCUCCUCCCACCAUGACGACGGAGGUGACGGUGCUCCUCGAGGACGUGAACGACGAGACGCCCACCUUCAAGGCCGCCCACUACGUCGCCGAGAUCGCGGAGGGCGCCCAGUUCAACAGCCCGGUCAACCUGAUAGGGGACGCCAUUCCCGAGGUGUACGACCACGACCAGGGCAACAACGGCACCUUCAGGAUGUUCCUCGGCGGCGACGGUGGCAUGUUCGACAUCACGCCGCCCGAGGGGGUCAACUUCGCUUCCUUCCUCAUCCGCGUCAAGAACCCAGCGCUGCUCGACUACGAGAAGGUCAAAGUGGUGAACUUCACGGUGGUGGCGCGGGAGACGGUGGCCGAGGACCCCAAGUCGUCGUCCGCCUUCGUCACCGUCUACAUCCGGGACACCAACGACAACUUCCCCGUGUUCUCCGAGGAUCAGUACGAGGUCCUGAUUCCCGAAGACGCGGGCGUGGGCGCGACGGUGGCGUGGGUGCAGGCGACCGACGACGACAGCGGCGACUACGGUACGCAGGGCAUCAGAUACACCGACCUCCGGGGGGCGCUGGCCAGCAAACUGGAGCUGAACUCGAUCACGGGCGCCAUCACCCUGAAGGAGUCCGGCGCGCUGGACAGAGAGAGCCUCUCCGAGCACUACCUGACGGUGGAGGCGCGCGACGACCUCGGCAAGGGCAACAGGAACACGGUGGUAGUGAAGGUGAUGGUGGAGGACGUGAACGACCACCCGCCCGUGUUCCUGCAGUCGCGCUACGAGGCCAGGCUCUUCGAGAACGCCCACGCCUUCCCCGAGCCGUUCUUCGUCACCGCCCGCGAUGACGACCUCAAUGGCACGAUGAACCACGAGGUGCGCUACAGCAUCCUGAGCGGCGACCCGAAGGGAAACUUCAGCAUCGACGCCACGACGGGCGCCCUCGCGCCCUCGGCGCCGCUCGACUUCGAGGCCAUCGACCAGGAGGGCGACAUCCGCUUCUUCAAUCUCACCGUUCGGGCGUAUGACCUGGGCGAGCGCCCCCUGAGCAGCGAGGUCCUCGUGGUGGUGUACGUGGUCGACCAGAACGACCACGCCCCGCAGUUCGACCGCGCCCUUUACAGGAAGGCCAUCCCCGAGGACACGCCACCAGGAACCUCCGUCACGCAGGUGUUCGCGUGGGACAACGACGGCUCCUCGGUGAACAAGAAGGUCGUAUUCAGGAUCCAGCACGGAGCGCAGGACAAGUUCGUGAUGGAGGCGGACACGGGCGUGAUCUCGGUGGCCCAGGGCGCGCUGCUCGACCCCGACAGGACCGAGCCCAGGGCCACCACCUACGUCCUGGAGGUGAUCGCCCUGGACGGGGGCAUCGGCAACGCGCAGCUCCAAGCUAGGACUGUGGUCAAUAUCACCAUUCUGGAUGUCAAUAACAAGCCCCCAGUCUUUGUGGAUCCGGGAACCGUCAGGGUGUUUGAGAACGAAGAGUCCGGUUUCUACGUGCAUCGGGUCGAGGCAGUGGACCUCGACGCGCGGCCCAAACUGCGCUACUCCAUCGAUGCCCUCAACUCGGAGGCCAGGAACGAGGAAGGCGUCAUUGUUAAGCCCACGGAGUACAACUACGCCGAUGCCUUCGAGAUCAGCGAGGUGGAGGGACUGAUCCGGACGGCCAGUCAGCUCGACCGAGAGAAGAUCGAGGUCAUACGACUGGCCCUGAUUUGCGAGGACCAGGCGGCGGCCACGCAGAAGCAGACCGCAACGGCGACGCUUACCAUACAGGUCCAGGACAUUAAUGACAACGACCCCAAGUUUCGGAAGUCGUUCUACAGGAGGAGCGUGGCCGAGAACGCCAAGACGGGGACCACGAUCGCCAAUGUCGUGGCCGAUGACGUGGACAAGAACCGCACCAUCACCUACUCGCUGCAUGGACCUCCAACAAUCCUGUCUCUCAUCAACCUGGAUCACGAGACCGGCGAGAUCGUCGUAGUUGACCGAGUCGACCGAGAGGUGUCUUCCUGGCUCAACUUCUCUGUGGAAGCGACCGACUCGGGUGUUCCUCCUCGGUCCAGUUUCGUUGAUGUCCUUGUCCAGGUGAUCGACGAAAACGACAACAACCCCGUGUUCGUGAACCCCCCGACCAACCUGACUAUCCGCGAAGACGCUCCUCCGGGAACUCAGGUCGCCGUCGUGACCGCCGUCGACCCCGACUCCGAUGACUAUGGCCAGGUCACCUACCUCCUCGACAGGAAGUCCUCCGAUGGGAAGUUCAAGAUUGAUCCAGAUACUGGUGUCAUUACUGUUGCUUCUCCACUGAAUCGUGAAGAAAUGGGCUCCUUUACUCUCCUCAUUGAAGCCUGGGACAAUUACCAAUUUGGUUAUUCCACUGGAGAAUCAAGAAAUGCAUUUAUGCAAAUUGGGGUCACAGUAGCAGACAUCAAUGAUGAAGCACCAGUAUUUGAGGGACGUGAAGGAUGCACAAUGAUCACAGAAUUCCACGAAGCAAGAGAGACUGUUACUGUUGUGAGGGCUACUGAUGGUGAUGACCCAACCUCUCCCAAUGGAAGGAUUCUGUUCACCAUUGAGGGUGGAAAUGAAAAAGGUCUCUUUGAUUUGCGGAUGAUAGAUCAAACAGCUGCUCAAGUAUUUGCUGCCAAACCACUUGUAGGACAGUAUGGGAACUACUCCUUAAUAGUGCAGGCACAAGACAGAGGCUUCCCCCCAAACUCAGUCAUGUCAAAAGUUGAUGUCUGUGUGACUGAUUUUAACGAUCACGCUCCGCUCUUUGUCUCUCCUUCAGUCAACCUGACUAUUCGUGUUCCUGAGAAUGCAACAGUCGGGAGUCUAGUCAUACAGGUGAGGGCCACAGAUGAAGAUAUUGGAAUCAAUGGAGCAGUGAGGUACAGGAUUCUGAAGGAUGCUCUUGGUGACUGGCAAACUUUCAGCAUCGAUGAAAUAACAGGUGCUGUUCUCCUGCAAAAGCCACUGGACAGAGAGAGACAAAAAAUAUAUGAGAUUCGUGUUGAAGCCUAUGACCAAGGAGUACCAGCACCUCUUUCGAGUGAUCUUGAUCUUACAAUCUAUGUCCGAAAUAUUAAUGAUUUCGAACCACAGUUCCUAAAAGACCAAAUGAUAGUGAAUUUUACAGAACACAAGACACCUGGAUCAGAGAGAACUAAGUUGAUUGACACGGUAGAUUUGGAUGAUGUUGAUGAAGACAAUGGUGCCCAUGUUUGCUAUUUCAUUGUUGGAGGAGAUGAAUACUCAACCUUUAGCUUGGACAGAAUAUCUCAUGAACUCAUGACCAUGAAGGAGUUAGACCGUGAGGCGGAGGACCACUACACACUUCUCGUCAAAGCCACCGAGGACUGCCUCACUCUGCCCGAACCUGUGGCUUUCUUUGACCCCAGGGAUGACACUCUGCUCAAGGUCCAUGUCUUUGUUAAUGACAUCAAUGACAAUCCCCCAAAGUUCACAAGGGAAGUCUUCACGGGGGGUAUUACCACAGAGUCUCACUUUGGUGCGGAGAUCAUGAAAAUAACGGCUAUUGAUCCAGAUUCGAGUGAGAACAGCCGCUUGAGGUACUACAUGGACGGCAGGGUGCAAGAGACCCUCUCCGAGAACCUGGAUAAUAUCCGCAGAUCUCCCUUUGUUGUCGACCCCGUUUCAGGCAUUGUUAAAUUGAAUUUCGAUCCUCAGAAAGGAAUGAAAGGAUAUUUUGAUUUCAAGGUUUAUGUUAAUGAUAGCAGUGGGUAUGCAGACAGAGCAAGAGUGUUUAUUUACCUUUUACGAGAAGAUCAGAGAGUGAGGUUCAUCUUGAGGCAGUCCCCUGAGGAGGUGCGAGAACAAGUUGAAUACUUCAGGGAUUAUCUUGGGAAUGUCACAGGAGCCAUCGUUAACGUUGAUGAUUUCCGUGUUCACGAAAAUCAUGAUGGGACAGUGGACAAGACCAAGACUGACUUGUAUCUCCAUCUUGUUGAUAGAAAAGACAAUUCUGUAUUAGAAGUCAAGCAGGUUCUGGCCAUGAUCGAUGAAAAUGUCGAGUAUCUUGAUAAUCUCUUCAAGGAAUUAAAUGUGUUGGACACUCAGCGUGCAGAACUGAUAACUGCUGGCGUUGCGGAGGACAACCUGCUUUUCCUGUGGCUGGUUGGCGUCAUAGUCUUCCUUACCCUGCUCCUGGUCUUGACCAUUGCGCUCUGCCUGUCACAGCGAGCACGCUACUCCAGGCAGCUCAAGGCAGCCACAGCAACUGCCUUUGGAGAAUGUUCCCACGAGCCCGGCCUCAAUAGGUCAUCCACAGUUCCUAACACCAACAUCCACAGUGUUGAAGGCAGCAACCCCAUCUGGAUGUCUGGGUUUGAUAAUGAUUGGUAUAAAGAUGAAGACUCACUGAGGUACCAACAAUUUGUCCAUCAAAGUGAGGGAAAUGACAGUCUGGACGACAAUGCUGUAGACACAUCCCUCUCACCAAGGGGAGACCGAGAUAUGCCAUAUAUUACUCACAGCAGUGUUCCCAACCCAUUAUCAAGGGAAUCGAGUACAGUGGGUUCCAACGCUCAGCUUACGAACCAUGAACAUCAUAACAUCAAUGACACCUACCGAGCCAACCUUUACCAAACCUUCCAUAAGAUUGGAAAUCCCCUGGUUGACAAAAAGUUGGAAACAACUGAACUUUGAUGUGUGAAGAAUCAGGAAAUGCAUGAUGAAGAAGGGGAACUGAAGAAGACAAAUCAGUGAAAAGAAAAAAAACAAACCAAAAAAGGUCAUGAUGGACGAUCAAUAAAGAAAAGACUAAAAUACUAUCUGGAACAUCAGUAUUAAUUUUUUUUUAAUGAAAUUGCCAGAAAAAGGUAAAUAUUCCUGGAGAAAAUAAAUCCUAAUAAUAAUAAUUAUUAUAAUAACUUUAGUACAUGAUGGGAAUGAUAGAAAAAAUGUCCAUUUCUGUGAUUGUCCUUCUGUAUAUGCAGAACUACCCUAUUAUGACUUGAAACAAAAAAAUGUGAAUGCAAAGAUAUGAGUGUGAAUGCGUGUGAAAUCCCUGAUAUGGACCUUGAGUGGAUAAUACUCCCCACCGCUUUUCACUCUAACCGAAAUAUAGACUUUACAGUGCUCAGAGAAACACAAAAAUAAUCAGAGGCCUUUGAAGUAUGUGUAAGAAAAAAAAAAAAAACUAAAUGAAUAUACAUUGCUUUGUAAGGUUUCAGAGCAGUUCAAAAUAUUUGUUUUAAUCUCAAAAUGUGAGUUGAAAAAAUGUCUAUGAUUUAUCGUUUUUACAGAAUCUCCACAUUUAAUUUCCAACAAAAUAUCUUUGUUACCUUUUAUUUACUACCUAUAAUAAGAUGUUAUUCAUAUCUACAGAUGAGUCAUAUGUGAUAUUUUUUUUAAUGAAAUGCAUUAUAUAAAAAAAUCACCUUAUAUAUACUUUUCCAGCAUACAGUUUUUAUAUUUCAAUGUCAACUUACAAAUAUAUGCCAGUGUCUUGCUUUUUAUAUUUUAUACUGUAUGUUUUAGUCAAGAUUAUCUUAGUUUUUGAAGAAAACUAAGUUUCAUUCUUAACAUUUCAUUCAUCAAGAAAUACAACGAUUGUUGCUGCAUUUUCUCAGAAUAAAUGUGUGUAUAGAUUUGUAAUAUAGAAAUAUGUUUAUAGAUAUGUAGAAAGUAAGAUUUGUAUUGACCAGUGUGUAAUUAGUCAUUAUGAUAUUUUUAUUUACAAGAUUUGAUACAACGAAUAAUUUUAGGAGAGUAUUGUGACUGUAAAAUAAAGUGUAUUGUAUUU